AUGUCGGAACAGGAGCAAGCCCAGCAGCCCAUGGAGACGGAGCCGGCCACUGCCGCACCUGAUUCUCCGAUGGUGGCGGAGCCCACGCCCUCGCCGAGUGGGGAGGGCGAGGUGGCAAAGGAGGGAGAGCAGGCGCCGGCGCAGGAGGAGCCCAAGCAGGAGGUGCUCGUGCUGGGUCUGGACUACGGCACCCAGAAGUGCGUGUUGGCCGUGACGAGGAGCGCUGAGAUGUUCCCUGCCAUCGUCCAGAACAACCUUGCCAACCAAGUCACUCCGAAUGUGGUUUCGUUCCGUGAGCGUAGAAGGCUCAUUGGUGAGGAGGCUGCGGGUGCGAUGGCACGCGCACCCAACGCCGCUCUGCACUCGGUGAAGCGGUUUCUGGGGCAGUCGCUGGAGGAGGCCCAGAAGGAGCUGAACAUGCUGCCCUUCGAAGUUGAAGAGAAGGACGGCAAAGUGUUCUUCAAGGUGCCCUUCCAAGACGAGGAGGCCACGUUCAGCCCCGAAGAGGUGGCGUCGAUGAUGAUCAAGACCUUCCGCUCCUACAUCGAGUCCAACUUUGCCGCCAACGCGACUGAGAUCACCAAGGGCUGCGUCGUGGCGGUGCCAUCGAGCUUCAACGCGCAGCAGAGGCGGGCCAUCGCCGACGCUGCCACCAUUGCUGGUCUUCCCGUCCUGCAGGUCAUCGACGAGGCGACCGCAGUCGCUCUGUGCUAUGGCCUGAAGCGGCGCGAUGCCCGCAGGGAGGCCAUUUUGAAGGCGCGCAGGGCGACCGGUGCCAAGGACAACACUGCGGCCGCUGCCGCAGAGGAGGAGAAGACCCAGGAGGACGCCGGCGACACGGUGCUGUUCGUCGACAUGGGCCACUCCUACCUCAACGUCCUCGUUGCCAGCUACGGCCGCAGCAAGCUCACCGUGUUGGCUUCGCUCUGCGACGCGUCGGCCGGUGCGCGCGAGUUCGACUACAGCCUGGCUCGCCACUUUGCCGAGGAGAUCCAGAAAAAGCUGGACGUGGAUGUCCUCAAGAACAAGAGGCUCGUCACCCGCCUCGUCCGCUCGUGCGAGAAGACGAAGCAGGUCCUCAGCACCAUCGACGAGACCUUCUGCGAGGUCGAGAACCUGGCCGAUGUCGAUUUCCGCAGCAAGAUCUCCCGGGCCAAGUUCGAGGAGAUCUCCAAGGAGGUGACGGACAAGAUCGGCCGGGCCAUCGGCGCCGUGCUCGAGAAGGCCGGCAAGAAGGCGACCGACCUGAGCGCCGUCGAGAUCGUCGGCGGCGGCUCCCGCAUUCCGCUGGUCCAGACCGUGAUCUCCAACGCCCUCGAAGGCCGACAGCUCAACCGAACGCUCGACAGCGCCGGCUCCGUUGCCAUCGGCUCCACCCUCAUGGCUGCGAUUUUGAGCCCCGAGAUCGAGCUCGAGUACACGGUGGAGAACGCGUCGUCGGCGCCCACGGCGGAGGAGGGCGGGCUGGCGGCGGAGGAGGUGGCGAAGGCGCAGGAGCGACAGAGGCAGAUGGAGGAGACCGAGCAGCGAAUCGUCGCCACCGAGAACAAGCGCAACGAGAUCGAGCAGUUCAUCUACCACAUGCGCGACAAGACCGACGACAAUAGCCUCGCCAGCUGCUUCAACGGCAACGAGAAGCAGGCCCUGUUGGACCACUUUGCCAGCACGCACAGCUGGGUGGAUGACAACAGCGGCGAGGUGACCAACGGCAACCUGGAGCUGUUUGAAAAGAAGUUCGAGGAGCUCAAGGAAUCGGUCAAGACCCUCGCCCCCGGCCUGCACGCGCGCCUCGAGCAGCUCAGGGAGGAGCAGGAGCAGGCCAACAAGAAGGCCGCCGAGGAGGCCGCCAACUACGUGCCCGAGAAGAGGGAAAAGGUGCCGCGCACGAAGAAGCAGAAGAUCCAGGAGGCGGGCAAGAAGAGGAACCAGGGCAACAUCGUCUUCAAGGAGUUCGACUACGAAAACGCCGCCAAGCUCUACGUUGAGGCGCUGGGCUAUCUGGCUGACCUGUACGAUUUGAGCCCGGAGGAGCAGGAGGAGGUGAAUGCCCUCAAGGUGCCGUGCCUCCUCAACACCGCUCUGUGCUACACCAAGAUCAACAGAUACCCCCAGGCCGUCGAAAACUGCAACAAGGCUCUGGAGAUCGAGAAGAGCAACGUGAAGGCGCUCUUCCGGCGCGCGCAGUGUCAUGUGCAGCUGUCAAAGCUGGAGGACGCCAAGAAGGACCUCGACGCGGCGCUGCAGAUCGAACCCAACAACGCCGCUGUCAAGAAGGAGCUCGCCCUCGUCGAAAAGAAGAUCGCCGCCCAGAAGGAGAAGGAGAAGAAGAUGUACUCCAAGAUGUUCUCCUGA